AUGAAGGCCAAAGCUGUGGGAAAAGGUAUGACUUCACGGGCCGGAAAUAUGACAUCACAUGGCAUCCACGAAAGAUGUACGGUGCCACAGGGUAGGAGCGCGGAAUUUAGGCCAAGGGACAAGAGAAGGAAAAGCAAAGAAAAGAAGAGCAAAGAAAAGAAGAGCAAAGAAAAGGGAAGAAGCAAAGAGGAAGGCAGUGGCAGCAAGGAGACUGAUCACUUUACGCCGUGGUGGCCGUGGUCUUCUGCAACCACACUGACUACAACUACAACACCGGCAAUUACUACUGAAAUUACGACACCUGAAAUAACCACAGAAGCUACAACUGAAAUAACCUCAGAAGCUACAACUGAAAUAACCUCAGAAGCUACAGCUGAAAUAACCUCAGAAGCUACAGCUGAAAUAACCUCAGAAGCUACAACUGAAAUAACCUCAGAAGCUACAGCUGAAAUAACCUCAGAAGCUACAGCUGAAAUAACCUCAGAAGCUACAGCUAAAAUAACCUCAGAAGCUUCAACUGAAAUAACCUCAGAAGCUACAACUGAAAUAACCUCAGAAGCUACAGCUGAAAUAACCUCAGAAGCUACAACUGAAAUAACCUCAGAAGCUACAACUGAAAUAACCUCAGAAGCUACAGCUGAAAUAACCUCAGAAGCUACAACUGAAAUAACCUCAGAAGCUACAACUGAAAUAACCUCAGAAGCUACAACUGAAAUAACCUCAGAAGCUACAACUGAAAUAACCUCAGAAGCUACAACUGAAAUGACAACAGAAGCUACAACUGAAAUAACCUCAGAAGCUACAGCUGAAAUAACCUCAGAAGCUACAACUGAAAUAAAAACAGAAGCUACAACUGAAAUAAAAACAGAAGCUACAGCUGAAUAACCUCAGAAGCUACAACUGAAAUAAAAACAGAAGCUACAGCUGAAUAACCUCAGAAGCUACAGCUGAAAUAACCUCAGAAGCUACAGCUGAAAUAACCUCAGAAGCUACAGCUGAAAUAACCUCAGAAGCUACAGCUGAAAUAACCUCAGAAGCUACAGCUGAAAUAACCUCAGAAGCUACAACUGAAAUAACCUCAGAAGCUACAGCUGAAAUAACCUCAGAAGCUACAACUGAAAUAACCUCAGAAGCUACAACUGAAAUAACCUCAGAAGCUACAACUGAAAUAACCUCAGAAGCUACAACUGAAAUAACCUCAGAAGCUACAACUGAAAUAA